AUGGUCAACAUACUGUUUCUACUUGUAAAUUACAUGUAAAUGUAAACGGAAAAUGUUCGUCAGACAUUGGACAUGCAGAAUGUGAAGCUGAUGGUUUUAUCUGUGAAGAGAAACCCGCACAACACUUUUCUCUCAGACCGCGCGCGCGGCACCAAAUCAAUUGAUAGAAGUUGUUGGCAGCACAGAACUGUUGUCUUGAGGUAAACAGAUACGUUUCAGCGUUAUGGAGCCUGACGGGUCUGCUGGCUUGGCUAGAACAGCUGCACUAAAGUUGUCUGAAAUGGGCGAAAGAACGAAACAACUUGGCAGCGCGAUGCACGAGCCCGAGCGGCAGAGACGCGUGAUUCUGGUAAUUGUGUGCGUCGCACUUUUUCUUGAUAACAUGCUUUACAUGGUGAUCGUUCCCAUUGUCCCCGAUUAUCUCGCAGAUUUAGAAAGCAAGCAAGCGGUGCACAUCCACGGCAACUCUUCAACAAACCCUGGGGCGAGCAACAGGGAAAAACUAGAUAUGGAAAUAGGAGUUCUAUUCGCGUCCAAGGCCAUCCUGCAGCUCCUGGUGAACCCCUUAUCUGGAACUUUCAUCGACCGGGUUGGAUACGAUAUACCGCUGUUGAUCGGACUCUUGGUGAUGUUCGUGUCCACGUGUAUUUUUGCGUUCGCUGACAACUACUGGACUCUCUUCGUCGCGCGCAGUCUGCAGGGUCUCGGCUCAGCGUUUGCUGACACGGCGGGAAUCGCGAUGAUAGCGGACAAAUACCCCGAGGAGGCGGAGAGGAGUCGCGCGCUCGGCGUCGCGCUCGCCUUCAUCUCGUUCGGCAGUCUCGUGGCACCUCCGUUCGGCGGUAUUCUGUACGAGUUCGCAGGUAAACGGGUCCCGUUCAUAGUUCUCGCCUGUGUUUGCUUGGCAGACGGGGUUUUGCUCUUGACUGUGAUCAAACCUUUUUCAAACAGGACUCGCGAAAACAUGCCGGUCGGGACGCCCAUUUACCGGCUCAUGAUUGACCCGUACAUCGCGGUGGUCGCGGGUGCCUUGACCGUCUGUAACAUCCCUCUGGCUUUCCUCGAGCCCACGAUCUCGAACUGGAUGGAGAGCACGAUGAACGCCAGUAAGUGGGAGAUGGGGCUCGUCUGGUUGCCCGCUUUCCUCCCUCACGUGCUGGGAGUUUAUCUCACUGUCCGAUUGGCAGCAAAGUAUCCGGACUUGCAGUGGUUCUAUGGCGCUCUCGGUAUGGUCAUCAUAGGAGCGAGUUCCUGCACCGUCGCGGCCUGCAAGAACUUUGUCCAGUUAAUCUUCCCGCUGUGCGGCAUCUGCUUCGGCAUCGCCCUGGUGGACACGGCGCUUCUGCCCACUUUGGCCUUUUUGGUGGACGUGCGUCAUGUGUCUGUGUAUGGAAGCGUUUAUGCGAUCGCAGACAUCUCAUACUCUGUCGCUUACGCUAUGGGACCUGUGAUUGCAGGACAGAUUGUACACAGCAUGGGCUUUCUUCAGUUAAAUCUGGGUAUGGGUUUAGUCAACGUGCUUUACGCGCCGGCUUUGCUUUUGCUCCGGUACGUGUGUCAGGUGAAGCCGUCUGCCUCGGAAAGAAACGUGCUGUUGGAAGAAGGACCAACGGGCCUUUAUGACAGCAUUAAAUUGGAAGAGCGCAAACUCAAGCGCAAAGGUUUGUGCUCCACGACGAUUACAGCCGCGUGUCCCGUGGACGAGAACGGAUUCUUCGAGCGCUCCAAAUCUUCUUCUUCAGAGGACUCGUCAGGACCCGAGUACACUUGACUACAGCAGAGAACCAUCUGAUAUUACACAAUUCAUUUAGUGAUCGGAGAUUCAGAGACUACCUGACAAACACGCACACUCUGCUGUUAUAUUAACACCCAUAUGAAAUGUAAUCUUCUGAUCUUUUUAUCCUGUGAUUUAGAUAUACAUUAACAUUUUUAUUCAUUUGGCAGAUGUAUAUAUAUACAAGAUCACAUUUGACUGUGAGCGAAAGUGUCGCCUGUAGUGUGUAGAAAAUGUGAAUUAAUAAAGUAGCCUACGUAGCUGCGUGAUGUAAAUGCACAAAUCGAAAUAAAACCAGUAUAUAGAUGUCCAUAUAAUCUAUUUUUUAUUAAAAAACUGUAUAUACAUAUAUAGCCUACUGUACG